CCGACAUCCCUUCGCCCUGCAAAAUAAUUGGAGCAUACUGAGUUAGACUUGAGCUAACUGAGCUAGACUUCCGGAACGCACAGAUAGUAAAUAUAGUCCAAAAUACCUCUACUUUGAUGUGGCACAAAUUUCGAUGCAGGUAUGUAACUACGUUUUUGGAUGGCUCAAAGGAUAAUGCCUUACACACACACACACACACGAGUUUUGAAGGGUACGUGGAAAAGCAAGGAGUGCUUUGCAUUGGCACAGUUCAAUCUCCAUCAAAUCGAAAGGAAGAGAAAAAUGGAGCUAGGCUCGGAGUGUCAUACAUCUUAUCUAUCUUCAACAAGGCAGUUCCACUCAGCAUGGUGGGGAGGAUGGCACUAGAAACAAGACCUGGAGAGGAAUGAUGUUGACUCCAGGGGUCGAGGCCGGAUCCUGAUAGGUAGUAAGCAGGCAAGCGCCAAUAAAAAGCCACUUUACAAGUAGUAGAAGACCCGCCCCACCGUAGCUCUUGGGUACCCCGGCUUGGCGUGCUCUUCACACGGGCUUUAACCAGCUUCACACUCAGUUUCCAAAUCAGACGUUCAGGAGGACUCAGCAGCGGAAUCGGCCAAAACUCUGAAACUGGAUCAGAAAAGACAGCGAGCUGGUGUUCAGGUGUCUUUCUCAUUCCAGGAGUCAAGAAGUGAGGAUGAAACAGCGCCUCUAGAUGUCCUUCCGGGCCGCUGGCAAGGAUAAAGCUGGUUAACACCGGAUGUGUUUCCUCCCCGGCUCAGCCUUCCUUCCGGCCUGGGCCGCCGUUGCCUCGGAAGCCUCAACGCGUUUUGCAAGUCGAUUGUGACCAUGGCUGCUGAGUCUGAUGUUCUGCACUUCCAGUUUGAACAACAAGGAGAUGUGGUCUUACAGAAAAUGAAUCUGUUGAGACAGCAGAAUUUAUUUUGUGAUGUAUCCAUUUAUAUUAAUGAUACCGAAUUCCAGGGGCACAAGGUGAUUUUAGCUGCUUGCUCCACUUUCAUGAGAGAUCAGUUUUUACUCACACAGUCAAAGCAUGUCAGAAUCACAAUUCUGCAGAGUGCAGAAGUUGGCAGAAAAUUGUUGUUGUCUUGCUAUACUGGAGCACUUGAAGUUAAAAGGAAAGAGCUUUUAAAAUAUUUGACUGCUGCCAGUUACCUUCAGAUGGUUCACAUUGUAGAAAAAUGUACAGAAGCUUUGUCAAAGUAUCUGGAAGUUGAUCUUUCUAUGAAAAAUAACCAGCACACUGACUUGUGUCAGUCUUCUGAUACAGAUGUUAAGAAUGAAGAAGAAAAUUCUGACAAAGACUGUGAGAUAAUUGAAAUUUCAGAAGACAGUCCUGUAAACAUAGAUUUCCAUGUUAAAGAAGAGGAAAACAAUGUAUUGCAGUCUACAGUAGAGAGCUUGACCUCAGAGAGAAUGGGGAUGAAGUCACCAGAGCUCUCUACAGUAGAUAUUGGUUUCAAAGAGAAUGAAAUUUGUAUCCUCCAUGUAGAAUCAAUCAGUACAGCUGGUGUGGAAAAUGGGCAGUUUCCACAGCCAUGUACCUCAUCCAAAGCAAGCAUGUAUUUCCCUGAAACACAGCAUUCGCUGAUCAAUUCUACAGUUGAGAGCAGAGUGGCAGAAGUUCCUGAGAAUCAAAAUCAAGAGGUAUUUUGUGAAAAUACUGAUGCAACUCAUGGUACAGCAAAUGAGAUUCAGAAUCUGGAUGAGAGUUUUUCACUGAGGCACCAAUGCCCCAGGUGUCCCAGGGGCUUUCUCCAUGUUGAAAAUUAUCUGCGCCACCUUAAGAUGCAUAAACUCUUUCUGUGCUUGCAGUGUGGGAAAACAUUUACACAGAAGAAAAAUCUCAACCGGCACAUUCGAGGACACAUGGGUAUAAGGCCUUUUCAGUGUUCUGUGUGCUUGAAGACCUUUACUGCCAAAAGCACACUUCAGGACCACUUAAACAUACACAGUGGGGAUCGGCCAUAUAAAUGCCAUUGUUGUGAUAUGGAUUUCAAGCACAAAUCUGCUCUCAAAAAGCAUUUAACUUCAGUUCAUGGCAGAAGCAGUGGUGAAAAACUACCUAGGCCUGAUCUCAAAAGGCAGAAUCUACUAUAAUCAAAAUCAUGACCUUCCUAUGUAAACAUUGUAUCUCUGUUAGGCAAGUCUUUUUGUAGAAAUGUAGCAUUUUUAUGUAACCCUCCCCCCAAACUUUAGGGGUGUUUGUUUGGUUUUGGUCUGUUUACAUGUUAUUUCUGAAUUUUUAAUGUUCCAAAGUUGUAUAAGGCAUAACAAAGCUAAUGAGACUCUGCCUUGGACACAAAAUACAUUAUUUGUAAGUUCUCUGUCUAGUGAUAGAGGGUCCAGCAAUAUUUGCAGAUUCUGAUUUGUGGUCUUUAGAUAAAUAAUCUAACUAUAUGGUAACUUUAAUGAGUCAAAAUGACAGGAAAAUAGAUUUGGCGGGGGGUGGGGUGGUGGCAGGGGGAGGUCUUUUUGAGACAGGGCCUGUAGCCCCAGCUGUCCUGGAACUCACUAUGUAGACCUGGCUGGCCUUGAACUCAUAGAGAUCUGCCUGCCUGUGCUUCCCGAGUGCUAGGAUUAAAGGUAUGCGCCACCAUGCCCAGCCUAGGAAAAUAGAUUUUUAAGCACACUGUUGUCCAUUACUAUUAAUUUUGAAAGCACAUAGGAAUAGCAGUAUUAUUUUCUUUUUUAACUUUCUACCAGAACACCAAGAUCUUGUUUUAAACUACAAGAACACAAUAAGAAUUCACUUGGAAAUAGCAGAAUUGCCUUAUAAUUGCAUUAUCCUUUUAAAUUAUUAAAUGUCCGUUAGAAUACAUCAUUAGACCUUUUCCCUGAUUCCAUGUAAUAAAUUGGAUUAAUAAUUCUCUGACCAAUAAAAAUGCACUCUUGGUAUAGACUGAAAUUAGAAAUUUAAUUUUAUCAAAGACAUUUGAUAGAAAUUCCAGUUUUAUCAGACAUUUGUUCUAAUGUUCACUUAAAAUUCUUUUUUUUUUUUUUCUUUUUUUGGUGAACAUGCACUAACGUUGACCUUUGGGGAUUAUAUUUCUAUGAAUUUGAGCACGUGUAGUUUUCUGAAAUUAGGAUAGAGAACAGUUCCAUCCCUCUGCAGACUCCCCCAUGCUGCCUCUUUGUAGUCAAGUCCUCUCACUCUAGACGCCAAUGGUUCUUCAUCAUGAUUCGUUCAUAUCUGGAAUGACAUGUACAUGGAAUUUUUCACCCAACACAAUGCCUUUGAGAUCCUUUUUUAUUUAUUUUACUUUCAGAUGAUCUGUGUAGCCCAGGGUGUCCUGAAACUUGAUAUCUUCCUGCCUCACCUAUUGAGUGCUGGGAUUGUAGGUGCAU